CUAACUUGGCUGGAGAAGGGACACUGCUGCCUCUUGUCGUCUUGCUCCUGGAUCUCAGACCAAGCUGCAGGCCAACUGAGGGACAAUGACAGUUCUCCUGGUGGCCUUGCUCCUGAUGCUGGCUCUCCUAUCCUUCUGGAGGAUGGUCAAAGGGAAGCUGGAGCCCAAGCCCAACUAUCCCAGGGGCUUGUCCUCCCUGCCAGUCAUUGGGAGCCUCUUUCAUUUUGCUGGCCACACACAGCUCCAUCUUUUGUUCCACAGAUUGCAGCAGACGUAUGGCAGUCUCUACUCCCUCUACAUGGGCUCCAAUUUUGUGGUUGUGGUCAACAACUAUCUCCAUGCCAAAGAAGUACUGCUUAAGAAAGGGAAAAUCUUUGGUGGCAGGCCCCGAAAGGUGACUACAGACUUGCUGUCACGGAAUGGGAAAGACAUCGCCUUUGCCAAUUAUAGUCCAAUUUGGAAAUGUCAGCGCAAGCUAGUACAUUCUGCCCUUUCCAUGUUUGGGGAUGGCUCCCUGGCCCUGGAGAAAAUCAUCUGCCAAGAAGCAGCUUCUUUGUGUGAAAUUCUGAGCGCUACACAGGAUUCGCCCCUAGACAUGGCACCUGAACUGACACGUGGUGUUACUAAUGUGGUGUGCUCCCUCUGCUUCAACUCAUCCUACCAGCGUGGAGAUCCUGAGUUUGAGGCCAUGCUCCAAUAUAGCCAAGGCAUUGUGGACACUGUAGCCAAGGAGAGCAUGUUGGAUAUCUUCCCAUGGCUUCAGUUCUUUCCCAAUAAAGACUUGGCUUUGCUGAAGAAGUGUGUGCAAGUAAGAGAUCAGCUCCUACAGCAGAAGCUUGUAAAACACAAAGAAAUGUUCAGCAGUGAUUCUGUCAAUGACUUAAUGGAUGCACUUCUGAGAGCCAAACUUAACAUGGAGAACAACAACAGCCAUCUAUUGCCUGGGCAGGAGCUGACAGAUGAUCAUCUACUCAUGACAGUGGCUGACAUCUUUGGGGCUGGUGUGGAGACCACCACAACUGUGUUGAAGUGGACUGUACUCUAUCUCCUACACUACCCAGAGGUGCAACAAAAGAUCCAAGAGGAGAUAGAUCAGGAACUUGGCUUUAACAGAUAUCCCCUACUUGAUGACCGGCAGCACUUGCCUUAUUUGGAGGCUACCAUUAGUGAAAUUCUGCGUAUCCGGCCUGUAGCUCCACUCUUUAUCCCGCACGAGGCAUUGAUGGACACAAGCAUUGGGGAAUACGACAUUCCUAAGGGAGCUCACAUUGUGAUCAACCUGUGGUCCAUUCACCAUGAUGAGAAAGAGUGGGAAAAGCCAGGAGAAUUUAAUCCAGGUCGUUUCCUUGAUAAGGAUGGGAAGCGAAUCUACUCUCCCUCAUCCAGUUACCUCCCUUUUGGAGCGGGUGUCCGAGUCUGCCUGGGAGAAGUUCUGGCCAAGAUGGAGCUGUUCCUCUUUUUGUCUUGGACCUUGCAAAGAUUCACAUUCAGUGUCCCUGAAGGCCACACACUGCCUGAACCAGAGGGGAAAUUCGGAGUUGUGCUGCAAGUACCAACGUUCAAGGUGAAGGCCACACUGCGGGAAGCUUGGAAAAGCAAAGUAAUUGAUCAGUGAUGCUAUUUGGAUCUCAGUCAGCUGCCCUAAAUAGAGAGAGACUGAAAAAUCUGUUUAUCUGGACUGGUAAAAGGUUUAUUGGACAGGCCUAUAUAUAUAGAAGACUAUUAAGAAGGGGAUGUUUGCCUGGUAUAGGACAGGAGCUACUAUCCCUUUUGUAGCAUACAUUAGAUGCAUACGACCAAGGCAGAAAGGACACCACAAUUCUUAACAACCUUUUUCUUUAUAACAAAGGCUGGGGCCCCUUCCAUUUCUUCCUUAGACUUCUCUGGAAUGAUUGAGAAUGCAGUGCUUUCUAUGGUAUAGCAGUGACAGCUACAAAGGGACUCCAGUAAAAACAGGACCAAAGACACCUGGACUUUAAGCACAGGAUACUCAGAGGUUUAAGCUAAAGAUAUGGUCAUCAUCAUUAUUCAAGAAAGCAACAGAUCCUUGAACAUUUGUUUGGCUGAGCACUAGCAGAAGAUCACAACAAAUUAGGAAAUGCCCUAAUUUGACAAGAGCAUCCACAAGACAAAGAGAGAGCACCUUGAAUCCUUUGUUGCUUACUGCCAGUCUCAUGGGGCCUUAUGUAACUUAAUUUUGAACAUCAGAGGUAGAUGGGAGGACUCUGGUGUCUCUGUUGCUUAUCACUACUAUCUUUGGACAGCAACAAAAAGUCCACAACCUUGGGUUCAGCUCAUUUUUUUGUCCUAGUAUUUUUUGUAGAAAGGGGCAGAACAUUAACUGUCCCACUAUUAACAUAGUUUUAUGAAGUAUGUCAGAAGGAAAACAAACCAGGCAGAUCCCUAUGCAGGGUGACCCCUGACAGAUAGAAGCUGUGGAGAUGAGAUGAAAUUAUGAGGGAGUUACUCAAAGAAACUAAAUUAGUUCUUUAAGCCAGAAUAUAGUCAGGAAGGAUGAGGCUUCCUGGCAGGGCUGUGCCAAAGUAUAAGACCCACAGGGCUCUUCACAUGUAGGGCUACAGAGAAGAACCCACAACAAAUCACAUCCACUUCAAAAUCUGGUAAAUCUUAAUUCCUGCUAUAACCUCCCCCCAUAAAUGUCACUGGGUUUGGUUACCUACAUUCUAUUUCUUCAAUACACUGUGUUUCUCCCACCCAUAUAUUUAUCUUUUUUUAGCAAUCUGAGUGGGGUGUGACUUAUUCUUGGGGAAAUACUGAAGCUUGACAGUUUGCAGACCUAUUUACCAAUAUGGCAAACAAAACUAUUUGAACCUCACUUGCUGGUACCUUAUACUCUUGCUUGGUAUCCUGUACUCAAUUCAAAUGAAAGGAUGUGAAAACCUAGCUUGCUUUUCUGAAUGUGGUAUUCACACAGAGACAUUUACACAUGCACAGCCCAGCCAUAAACAUUUAGUUUAGGAUGCUUUACCAGGCAACAAGAAGUUUUGUUUGAGCAACAAGACAUUUCUUAGAUUCCCAAGAAUUUCAGUUUUCAUGUGCAUAAUAACAUCUGAAGACAAUCAAAAGUACUGUUUAUUUUCUCUGGCUGUGUCUAUAUGGGAGAGGCUUUAAUUUUCCUAAUGCUGAGGAACAAAAAUGACAUUAAAACGGUCCAAUUCUCUGCACCGCUAACGAAAGAACCCAAGGAUUCCCCAGUGGGCUGAUUCAUUCUUCUCCUCUUAGGAGAUGGAGAAUAGCUGAACCUGGAUGUUUCUUUCAUGGAUAAAUAAAGCUUCCUGCUAAGGUGACCUUGAACAAUGAGGGCACAGAACAAGAGGAGGGCCAGAAGGAAAAGAUGGUAAAAAUGGACACCAACAGAAGCGGGUGGAAGAAAGCAGCAUGUAGCAUAUAAUACUCUCAAUGUUGCCUACUGCUGAUAAUGUAGAAUGGAAUGCAUACCCAUUGAGUAAAUAGUUUUUUUUUUAAAUGUACUAAGUUUUAAAACAUUUGAGUCUUUUAAAAUGAACAAGUAUUUGCAUGUAGAUGUAUGUGAGUUUAUGUAGGGCAGAGAGUUAUGCUAACUUGUCACUUUGCCGUAAUGUAAGGAAAAAACACAUAGGCUUGGAUCCAAACUAAAUGUAAAUGUACUGCCCUCAAGUCAAUUCCGACUUAUGGCGACCCUAUGAAUAGGUUUUCAUGAGGCUGAGAGGGCGUGACUGGCCCAAGGUCACCCAGUGAGCUUGAUGGCUAUGUGGGGAUUCAAACCCUGGUCUCCCAGGUUGUAGUCCAACACCUUAACCACUACACCACACUAAGUGCCUGCAAAUGUAAGGGCUCUUUUCAUUUACAGAUAGACUGAGAUCCAGUGGAGGAGCCUAAUGACUGAAGGAGAGGGGUUGGCGAUUUUUGUCAUUGCCCCUCCCCCUGCACCACCUCUCAUGCUGCUCUGGAGGGUCCCCUAACUCUUCGGGGAGCUAAAGGGGCUGCAGGGCAAAGGGGGAACUGGUAAAUAUUGCUGCCCCCUCCUUCUGCUGGUGGGAGUAUCCCCUGAACUCUGCUCAGAGAAUAUGCCCACCCACAGAUGCCUAGUAAGAGUUCAGGCCAUAACUAUUACAAACAUUUAACAUACCUUUGCUUUGAAUAUUUGUACAAGAUGUAAAAGAUGGGACUGCCUUUGCAACUAACAUCUUGAUACUUUUGAAACUUUGGACUCUCCACCUCCAUAGAGCUAUGAUAAAAGGAACUAGGAGGAACUGACAUACUUCAUCCCACUCUAACUAGUCAGGAGGGAAAGAAGCCCCAUAGGCAUGUGAUAGCUUUUGCAGUGAAGAUAUAUGUAAAUGUGUUUGACAGUUAUAUUCAAAUCCUGGCUAAGGCUGCAAUCCAGUAUACACUUACCUGGGAGAAGUCCCAUUGAACCCAGUGGAGGUACGUCUGAGUAGACAUGUAUUGGACUGCAGCCUAAAUGUUGGACUUGCUGGGUAUCUUUGGGGAAAAGUCACAUUAGCUGCACAACAUUAAACGUCCUGUGUUAUUUUGCUGCUGUUAUUAUACUUUACUCUUUGUGCCUAGAAACCUGUUCUUUCCAUUUGUUGUGAGAAAGUACACACUUUUAUUUCCAUUAGUUCUGAGAAAGGAACAGAUAGGGUACCUUGGAUGAGUAUUUGUCUCUUUUCUUAAAUGUCUUUUUUGUAUAUACAAAAAUAUUACUGUAAAGAAGGCUUUUUGGUUUAAUAAAAUCCUAGGAUUAAAUUACAAAUCUGAAUUGUGAAAUGCAUUUUUAGUUGUUAGAACCUUCCUUUUGUGAACCAUCAAACCCUAUCAGAGCUAUUUGCAGAGACCACGUUGAAUAAAACUAGCCAGUGAAGCAUAUUAGGGUAUUUCAAAAACAAACCCUCAUUUAUUUGCUAAUUCACCAUUUGCAAAAGCUAUAAAGCCAGCUCCACUCCACAGAAUUUUGCAAGACUUACUGGCACUUCUCAGAUAAAGACCCUCAAUUGAUUCUUUCUAAAUGUUUGCAAAAAGAUUCACAUAUCUAGGCAAAGAGUAUUGGUGAAAUCUUUUCUAGGCAGAUCAAUAGUUUACCUCCAGCCAUCAACAGAACUUUGAAGCCAGCCCAGAGGAAAACAAAGACAAAUAAAGAGAAUCAUCUGUUUGCGUGAGUGGCAUGUACUCUGCGUAUAUAAAUAUGCAGGGGUUUUUCCAGCUUAUUUGCCAUUCAUAAUCGGUGCACUGUCAUAUUUCUGUUAAACUGUUACUUUUUCCAGGUUUAAAAAAUGGUGGGGUCAGUUAGACCCUAAUACUGUUCCUGUAACCGCUGAUGUGGUUAACACUAUUGGGUAUAAUUGCUGCUGUUAUAUUCCUGUAUUCCAAGUGGAAAUUAUUAAUAAAGGGUUGAAUUUUGUCUUUC